AUGUCCGCUUCCAACCAGGCCGGCCCGUCGUCCGGCCCCGGUUCGGCCGCAGCCAGCGAGGCUGGCGACCCGCCACACACGCCCAACUCAAACUACGACAACCCAAACGACGACAGGAAGCUCUCCCGCGGCACCGGCAAGCGCAACCGCGUCCACUUUGCCUGCACCGAGUGCUACCGCCGCAAGCAGAAGUGCAACCGCGAGACGCCCUGCCAGCACUGCAUCGCACGCAAGGUCCCAGAACGAUGCCGCACCUUCCAGCCGGGCGAGGACGCCAACGACGUCGGCUCCCGCCUCUCGCGCCUCGAAAAGCUCCUCGAAGACUACCUCCCCGCGCUCAUGAACCGCGUCGAGGUGGCCAUCUCGGCCAGCAACAACGGCGACCACCGCUUGCAGCACAGCUCCGCCGAGCACCGCAUCGUGAAAGCCGGCACCGCCGACCCCGCCAUGCUGACCGCAUCACCCACCGCGAUCCACCCCGACCUCGGCGCCAAGCGCCUCUCGGUCACCACCAACGCCGGUGCUGAGAGCGACGAGGAUCCCGCGGCGGAUCAAGACAGCCUCAGCCCAAAGACGGGCAUCUUCAUCGGAGGGGGCGCCAUGGAGAUGCACCUCGGCACGCUCCUCGGAAAGCUACCCGGAAAGAAGCCUUCGCCUGCCUUUCGCGAGCCCAUCCGCACCAUCGAGGGCCAGCCAGACCUCGACGAGAUCAUGUGCGAGUAUGGCGCCCCACUCGGCGGCUCUGCCGAGAUGCUGGCCGCCCUUCCCGACCGCGCGCUCUGCGGCAAGCUCCUCGACCACUACUACGAGCAGAUCAACUGGAUCCGCCAGCCGCUUCCCCGACGCAGCCUGCUCCAGUCAUUUGACAAGUUCUGGGACGACGGGCCCAAACUCACCGCCGACAACAUCAACAUCUUCGUCAUCCUCUGCUGCCUCUGCGCCAUCUCCUGCCUCUCGUUUGAAGACCCUAACAUGCCCGAGGGCGCUCACAGCCGCAUCCUGGCCGCACGCAGGUACCACUUUGCUGCCCGCAAGGGCCUCCAUCUCAGCACCGUCAUGGGCCGCGAAGACCUCGACCACAUCGUCGGUGCCUCGCUCUCGUGCCGCUUCAUGCUUCUCGACCGUAGGAUCGGCGAGGCCUACACGGCUAGCGGCACCCUGAUGCGAGCCGCCUACACGAUCGGACUGCACCGGGAUGGGACAAAGCUCGGCCUCAACCUCGUCGAGACCGAGGCCCGGCGCCGCGUCUGGGCGAGCAUCUACUUCCUGGAUCGACUGCUCAGCGUCACCACGGGCAGGCCGCCCGCCAUCGACGACCGCAUCUGCGACACGCUACCGCCCUCGGGAGGCGUCGACGACGACGUCUACCCGAUGCCCCUGAACCAUCCCAAGAUGCCGGAAGGGGUAGAGCCGCCGACCCCCAUGUCCUACGCCAUUUACCGCCAUCACAUCGCCCUGAUCGAGGGCCGUAUCCUUGCUGGCCUGCAGAGCCUCGACAGCACCCUGCAUGUCAGCGACGUGCUCGCUCUCGACCGCGAGAUCCGGGCUCUGCAAGAUGGCCUGCCGUUCUACUUGCGCGCGAAGCGGACCUCUUCCGGCGUCGAGUGCGACCGCAGCCUCGACUCGGCCUACGGCUUCCUGGCCGUCCAGCGAUUCCUCGUGCACACCGAGAUCAACGCGGUCCGCAUCGCGCUGCACCGCCCGUUUUUGCUGCGGUCCUCAAGCAAUCCCAAGUACCUGCCGUGCCGCGAGGCCUGCCUCGACGCCGCCCUGCACGACAUCGAGCUGCGCAACCUGACGCUGCGUCCACUCAAGGACAAUGUUUCGCACGAGCUGAUGCAGGCUCUCCGGGUGCACAUUGGCACCUUCAAGUGGUUCCACUCGCUCCUCGUAUGCGGUGUGGUGCUGUUGAUGCAGCCAGACGCGCCCAAUGCUGGACAGCUGCGUGGGCACCUGCAACAUUUCGUCAACAUCCACUACGGCAAGUCUGCCCACCAGGCCGACGAGAUGCGGACGCGCGAGGCGCAUGUGAUUGAGCUCUUCCUCGGGAAGCUCGACGAGCUGCAGAGCCACAAGGCGCAGCCGGGCGGCAAGACGGCCGGCCGAAAGCGAAGCAAGAAGCAGCUCGUCCUCGACGAGGCGACCAAGAAGCCGCGAGCGCAUUCGCCGGCGUCACGCACGAAGGAGUCUGCAGCAGCAGCAGCAGCCACCACCAAGGGCGACGACUCUCGCGACAGCGCCGCCACUCGCAAGGCCGUCGGCAGCGCAAACUCUCGGGAGGCCGACGUGGAUGAGCAUGCCACUGCGGACCUGCUGCUGGGACUCGGGCAGCAGGCGCGCCACUCUACGCAGGGGGUCGACGCAGCCCGGGGCGAGGGCGAGCGCAGGUCCGCGUCCGCGUCCGCCUCGAGAUCGUACGCCGAGCUGUCCGGCUCGGGAUCAAGAUCCCUGCAGUCGAUGGACGCAUCGCCGUACAGGCAGAGCUCGGGUGACUGGCCGCGAGGUUAUCCGGGAGUCGGAAGCGGCGGCAACGGAGGGGGCGGCAGCGGCACCAACAGCCCCUUGGGUACGCCUGGGACGGAGCUGCUGGGCAGCACCGGCUCCGCGAUGCCCUCGCCCAUCGAUGUCGCCGGAGGCGGCACUGGCUCUGGCACCACCGGCGGCGGCGGCGGCAACGCGGGCAACAGCGAUGAGGCACAAACCAUCUUUGACAACUGGUACCGCGCCGAAUUCGCGACGGCCUCGAUGCCGAGCUACGAGGCUCCGUAUCCGCAGAACGGGCUCGGUGCCCUGCCAUUCGGGCUGGGGAUGCAGAUGCCGGCGACAUCUGCGGCGCCGGGCCGGUCGAUGUAUAACGGGCAAGGACCAUCGCAGCAAAUGUCAACGAUGGGCGGCGGGGCGAUGAUGGAGCCAGGGCAAGCGCAGCAGCAAGGACCACCCGGCGGAGGCCUGACGGCUUCGACGGGAUGGGACAUGGGCAGCAUCGCCAGCAUCAACGGACGGGAUGCUCCGGGCUUCCCGACGCUCAACCAAGGCCUCAGAGGCGCGGCCAACGGCGGCGGCAGCAGCUUUGUCGGAUCGUCGUCGUCGCCUCCGACGACGAGCAUGGCGACGGCGCCGACGCCCGGCUACCCUCCGAUGCAGCCCGGUAGCGGUGUCGGCGGCAACUUGGGGGCGCAGUCGAUGGCGGGCGCCAACCACAGCGCCGGCAGCAACACCAACAACAACUUUGGCGGCGGCAUGGUGCUCGGCGGGAUGCAGCCGCCGACGUACGGGGCGGGCAACGCGUGGCCGCCCGCGCCCGACCAGCAGGGCAAUCCGGGCUUCGACCCGGCCUUUUGGCAGACGUUGAUUGACAAGAUUGCCUCGUAG